CGUCUCUUAACUUAUUGAUCUUAGUUAAGCUUUAAAAGCUUAGGUUUAAAGUCCAUUUUUCUAGCCAUUUUCUCAGCAACAAAACAUGCUACAAUUAUUUGCUUCUUUUUAUAUACCAUCAUUUCUUUUUUGAAAAUUUCUCUUUCCCUUUUUCUUCGCUUCUUUUGGCGCGUGCGUGUGGUUUUGUUGUUCUAUUUUUUUUCUUUUUGCAUCCAUUUACAGCUGUCAAUGCUCAAUAGAAAAUGCUUCAAAUUGCAGCUAUGUAAUUUUCAGUAACGAACCAAUUUGUUUGAUGUUUCAUAGUUUAGUUUAUCAUUAUUUCAGUUGCAAGAAUUCUUGAAAUUUCUUUCUUGGAUAAGCCAAUUAUUUCAUAGGAUUUUCCGACAUUUGAAAAGAAAAGGCUGUGAAGUGUUGAGGGUGUGUGUGGUAUUUUGGAAUUCUGAUGUCUCCGCCGCUGCUCGGCGUGGAGGAAGAAGGGGUUCAGAGCAAUGUAACUUUACUGGGUUCUUCAGAGUCCAUGAAUAGUGUGUGCCAGAAUAGUGCUGAAUUGCAGGAGCGCAACUACAUGGGCUUGUCUGAUUGUCCUUCCACGGAUAGCUCUGUUGUCUCCCCUGCAUCUGAGGAAAGCAAGGCUAGUUUGAAUCUCAAGGCAACGGAGCUUAGGCUUGGGCUUCCUGGAUUGCAGUCGCCAGAAAGAAAUCCGGAGCUUUGCUUGUUAAGCGCUGCUCAACUUGAUGAGAAGCCCCUUUUCCCUUUGCAUCCUUCAAGUGAUGGUCACUGCUCCGCAUCACAGAAGGCUGUCGUUUCAGGCAACAAAAGAGGGUUCUCUGAUUUAAUGGAUGGGUUCUCAGAGGGUAAAUUUCUUUCUAAUUCAAAAGCAGAUGUGAUGUUGUCACCCAGGCCUUGUUCGAACUCGGGACUGAAAUCUGGUUCUGUGCUUGAGAACCUUGGGGCUCAACCAACAAAGGCCGAAGAGAUCACGAAACAGAAGGUGGUACAGGACAGGCCUCAUGCUGCCAGUGAGACUAGGCCCAAUCCUAAUACAUCAUCUGCAAAUAUUAACAGUGGAGCACCUGCUACCAAGGCACAGGUUGUAGGUUGGCCUCCUAUUAGAUCAUUUAGGAAGAAUUCAUUGGCCACCACUUCAAAGAACACUGAUGAAGUAGAUAGAAAAGCAGGGCCUGGGGCUCUGUUUGUUAAGGUCAGCAUGGAUGGUGCUCCUUAUUUGAGGAAAGUAGACUUGAAAAACUACUCUAACUAUCAAGAACUAUCUUCAUUUCUUGAGAAGAUGUUCAGCUGUUUUACCAUAGGUCAAUGUGGAUCUCAUGGAACUCUGGGUAGGGAGCUGCUGAGUGAAAGCAAGCUGAAGGAUCUGCUGCAUGGAUCAGAAUAUGUUCUUACUUAUGAGGAUAAAGACAGUGACUGGAUGCUUGUUGGUGAUGUUCCAUGGGAGAUGUUUGUUGAUACCUGCAAAAGGCUGAGGAUCAUGAAAAGCUCUGAUGCCAUUGGACUUGCCCCAAGGGCCGUGGAAAAAUGCAGGAACCGGAACUAGCUAGCAUCAAACAUGAUUUUGGCUAUCCAUGCAGCAGCCUUUCUGGAGGAGAUGUUGAAGCACAUUCAAGAUUCUUUCUGAAAGAGAUUAGAGGAUGCUGAAGUGGGCAGGAGAUCAUGGGUAUCUGCUUUCGUAUGUUUUUACUUAUAUGUUCUCUUCACGAGGGAAUUUAUAUCAUGUAAGCCUGUUUUUAGUCUGCUAAAAUUAUAAAACCAUCAAGGCCUGGCGUUUGUAACUUUAGGAUUCAAUCAGAUUAGAGUCUGGACAAGUGCCUUGUUCCGACGCAGGAUCUUUAGUUUGUAAAAUGCUUUGUUUGUUGAACUUUUAUCGUGUGUGUUUGUUUGAUGAAAGACCUCGACGUUGUCUGGAACCUGACAUGAUUGUAUUAACUCAGUGUGCGGCUACUUGCGUGUGAUAUUCCGCUUAACCAUUGUUUCGCAAGCAAUUUAGUUACAAAUUUUCUCGAUAUGCUGCCCUACUCUGUUAAUUUUAACUGAUUGAAAGAGAACCUUGGAAGUGGUCGAGGGCCAAAUGGCUCAUUGAAUUCUGUCCAAAGUUUUAUUGUUAUGUCUUGGGUAUCUUUUCAAGGCUUCUUAUGUAAACAAUUGAGAUAGUGCCAGCCCGUGAGAUAUGCUUGUCAGAGAGUAGCCCUAUCAAAGCAUG